AUGUAUAAUUGUGAUAUUAUUGAUAAUAUAGAAAUGAAAGAUGGAAUUGUUGUUUAUGUUAUUAAACAAGGAAAUGAAAGUGAAUGGUUUUUUUCAACACGAAAAGGAAAAUUUGAAGUAUCAGAAGAAUUAGGAUAUAAAAGAACAAUUUUAGUUUCUAUAGAUUAUCAUCGUAGAGUUAAUGAUAUAAAAGAAAUUUAUCAAGAAAUUAAAGAAAUAGGAAAUAUGUUAAGAUAUGUAGAAUAUAAAGGAGAUAUUAAAAUAAUGAUAGAUGAAACAGGAAUAGGUAAAAGAGAAAUAUUAUUUGAAGGAAAAAGUAAAAUUAAUGGAAUAAUUUGGGUUGAAGAAACAUUAAAAGAAGAAAAUAAAGGAAAAUAUUCAAGAAAACUUAUGUUUGAAGGAGAAAGAAGUUUAGUUCAAUCAGAAGAAUUGUUAUUAAUAAAGAAAUUGAUAUUGUAG